AAUGUCGAUUACCUAACUUUAAAUUUUUAACCUUCAAACUUGAAAUAUGUUCAGAAAGAGUUCGAAUUUUGCCGAGUUAACUAGGUACAUUUUAAAUGUUUGGAUUUAUAGAAUAUUGUUUUUAUUUACGAUAAACGUCAAAAAAUUGUCUUGUCUGUGACCAAAACAAUGUGAAUAUUCUCACAUAUUUUAUUAAACAAUGAAGGAAUGGUUCAAAAUAUCACUUAUUCUGAGCGCUUUUGGAUUCCUCAAAGAGCUCAGGCCUUCAGAACCCUUUAUUUAUGAAUUUUUAAUCGACAAACGAUGGAGGAACAUUACCGAAGAUGACGUUACUCACAAAGUGUACCCCGUAGGAACUUACAGUUACUUGGCUCAUUUGAUUUUAAUUUUUUUGGUUACGGACUUGUGCAGAUAUAAACCACUGAUCGUUGUUUUGGGAGCAUCUGGAAUCGCCAUUUGGAGCUUACUGUUGUGGACAAAAAGCCUUCUCGAGUUGCAAAUCGUGGAGGUUAUCUACGGUACUUUCUGUGCCACAGAGGUAGCCUACUACACCUAUAUUUAUGCCAACGUCGAUACGCAAUGGUACCAACUAGUGACUUCCCAUACCAGAGCCGCCAUAUUGGCCGGUCGCGCCAUCUCUGGUGUUGUGGCUCAACUCUUGAUAUCUCUCAGUCUGAUGGACUAUCGAGAACUGAACUACAUUACAUUGGCAGCUCUGAUCGUCGCCACAGUAUGGAGCGUUUUCCUCCCCAGCGUCAAAAAGAGCAUCUACUUCCACCAAGAGGGUGCGGAUGAGCAAUCUUUCGUCUCCAAGAUAACCAGCGCUUUCGUCCUGAUGGGCAAUCACUUCAAGAACUCCUUCACAAACACUUACGUAAUUAAAUGGUCGCUGUGGUACGCGUUAUCUACUUGCGGUUUCAUCCAGGUGCAAACUUACAUACAGCCAUUGUGGCAAGUAAUAGUAAACGAUUCUUCGACGCCGAUAUACAACGGAGCUGUCGAAGCCGUUCUGACCGUUUUCGGGUUUUUGGGAGCUCUAUUGGCAGGUGUCUUCAAAGCCGAUUGGAGGGUAAAAGGUGAACUCACCCUAACUAUCUGCUCCUUGCUGCAGGGUUUUGUGUUACUGUAUGCGGCGAGGACACUCAACGUAAAGCAUUGCUAUAUAUGUUACAUAGCUUUACACUCAGGUUAA